AUGGCUCCUGGUGUUACAGAGCUUCCCGAUAGGGACGCGCUCACUGCGAGAGCAGUCCCCUCCAUGAUCCUCAGCGACGGCUCAGCAUCAUCCAUGACUGCACCACCAAGCAACAGAACGGCCGUUGAUCCGGCCGCCGCAGCGAAGGAGCGAUUUUCUGUGCGCGGCAACUUCAUCAUUACUGGGGGUACAGGUACCCUUGGACUUGCUUCAUGCAACGCUCUCUUGGAACAUGGACUUGAAGGUCUUGCAAUCCUCGAUGUCAAUCCAGCACAAGCCAAGGAGGAAGUCGCCUCUCUUGAAACACGUUUCCCUCAUGCAAGAAUCAUGGUAAUGAAGGUCGACGUGACAGAUGAAAAGGCAGUGCAAGACGCCGUUGAAGAGACAGUGGCCACUCUCGGUUCAGUUGACGGUCUUGUCUGCUUUGUCGGCGUCGUUGGAUGUGUCGAGACGUUGGAAAUGCCUGCAUCUCAAUGGCGCAAGAUCAUUGACAUCAACACGACUGGUUCGUUCAUUUGUGCACAAGCUGCAGCCCGUCAGAUGGUCAAGCAAGGCACUGGAGGAUCAAUCACCUUCACGUCUUCCAUCUCAGCACACCGCGUCAACUACCCCCAACCCCAAGCGGCUUAUAAUGUCAGCAAAGCAGCUUUACUGACGCUCAAGAACUGCCUGGCUGCGGAGUGGGCUCGCUAUGGCAUUCGCACCAACACUAUCAGUCCGGGGUAUAUGGACACCAUCUUGAAUGAGGGCGACGGAAUAUCUGGGCAUCGUAAGAUUUGGGCGGAGAGGAAUCCGAGUGGCCGUAUGGGCGCUCCUUGCGAGUUGACGGGUGCAGUGGUGCUGUUGGCAAGCUCCGCGGGAUCCUACAUGAACGGAACGGAUAUUGUCGUAGACGGAGGGGCGAUCGUGUUCUAG